AUGUUACAGAAUGCACCAACUGUAUCGGAAAUGUUAACCAGUGAAAAGCUUAUUCGAGCGCAACUUACAUUUUUUAAUGUACCACGAAUCGGUGCUGCUUCUCAUCAAGUUAUUCGAUCGCUGAUUGAGAGUGAAUGUGGUAAAGAAAUCGCCAUAUUUGACAUCACUAUAAGCAAUCGACGAUGGCGUGUUCGAUUCUAUCGUAGUGAGCAUGCAUUAGAAGUGUUACGGACAUUGAAUGGAUAUCGUUUUCGAAAUAGAUUUUUGUCCAUUUGUUACGAAGAUAUUUACCCCCAUAAAGAAUCGGAAAAACAGUCGAAUAAACAUGAGUCGGUGACGAAAACAAUACAUCAUCAUACAUCGUUACAGACGAACGAUAAUCCAAAAAAGAGCGUUAUAUGGACUGCAGUGGAAUGCCUUGAAAUUGAACAUUUCAAAAGUGGUUUAAUGAGAUUACUGCAAGAUAUUGAUAAACAUCAACAGGGCAUUGCUAUCGAUGACACUCGUAUCAAACGGCUUACGCCGCAUGAAUCACGUCUGGUUAAUAUGAUGCUAAAACAAUGGCCUGCUGGCUUAUUUCGCAUGUGUGCCCCACAGAUUCGCUUAACUGGUAGAUAUCUUAGUCUCGCUAAUCACAGUCAAAAAACUGUAGUAAACAAAGUUGUCGUGGAGAAGUUAGAAGACAUAAUAGAUGAACUAUUGCAGUCUUACCCUCAUAUAUAUGUAGAAUCUUGGGAGCCAAUGGCACCUACCGUAAUUCAUAAUAGCUACCAACUUGUCGAGUAUGCCCGUGCACUUCUUCAUCGUUUUGGUAUACAACAGGCCUUCGUAGAUUUACCGUGGCGAAUUUUCACUGCACUACUUCCAUCGCACUCUGGCUGGCCUAAAGAUCCCCAAGAACUGAUGACUACGGUUGCCAAAUUGUCACCCCACACAGUGGUCUUUGGGAAAACAUUAUUUCUAAUUAGUGAUGGGCGACAUCGCAAAGCACUAGCACAAAAACUAUCAUGUCUCCCGGAAUGA